CACAUUCCAUACGUAUUCCUGGUGGAGCCAGCGAUUCCGGUAAUCAGAACUGUAUCCGAGCGGGCAUGGCUAUAAAAGGAUCAAAAGGGCCACUUGUGCCCUUGAGGUCCGCAUGUUCCUAUUAUUCUUUCGCAUUAAUCCAUCCCUCAUCAUGAGAACGUUAAACCUCUUCCUGCCAUCGUUGGCACUGGGUUCUGCAAUUUCUACUAGACAAGAUUCUUUUCAGACCAAAUGUGCCAAGUUCGCAGACAAGAUCAAUCUCCCCAAUGUGCGAGUGAACAUCGUGGAAUAUGUUGCUGGGGGGACCAACGUCUCCCUGCCCGACAACCCCGCCACGUGUGAUGCGACCUACCAGUCCGUUUCUACCGACUUCUGUCGAGUCGCCAUGGCAGUAGCCACCUCAAACAGCAGUGAAAUCACAUUGGAGGCAUGGUUGCCUCGAAACUAUACUGGCCGGUUUCUGAGCACCGGCAACGGAGGACUCAAUGGCUGUGUCGCGUACGAUGACAUGGCAUAUGCAUCUGGAUUCGGCUUUGCGACAGUCGGUGCCAAUAACGGACACAACGGCACGUCUGGCGAACCCUUCUAUAACCAUCCCGAGGUCGUUGAAGACUUUGCCUACCGAUCCGUGCAUACCGGAGUCGUGGUCGGCAAGCAGCUGACCAAGCUCUUCUACGAGCAAGGGUUCAAUAAGUCUUACUACCUGGGAUGCUCCACCGGCGGUCGUGAGGGCUUCAAGUCGGUGCAGCAGUUUCCCAAUGACUUUGACGGCGUGGUGGCCGGUGCUCCGGCCAUGAACUUCGUGGGCUUGACCUCCUGGAGUGGUCACUUCUACCCCAUCACUGGAUCCAACACCUCGGACACCUUCCUUUCGGCUGAUCUCUGGAGCGUCGUUCAUGACGAGAUCCUACGUCAAUGCGACGAUAUCGACGGCGCGCAUGAUGGAAUCAUCGAAGAUCCUGAUCUCUGCCACCCAGUCAUCGACACGAUCAUCUGCACACCCGGCUCCAACUCGACCAAUUGUCUCACCGGAGCCCAGGCAAACACGGUCCGCCAGAUCCUGUCUCCACUUUACGGGGUCAAUGGGACCCUUGUUUACCCCCGUAUGCAGCCCGGUUCAGAAGUGGGUGCGUCCGCGAUCUACUACGGCGGUUCGCCCUUCUCCUACAGCACCGACUGGUACCGCUAUGUGGUGUUCAGCAAUCCGGACUGGGACCCCGCCACCCUGAACAGUCAUGACAUCGCUGUUGCGCUCGCGCAGAACCCUUACAACAUUCAGACCUGGGAUGCAGACCUGAGCCCGUUCCGCAAGACCGGCGGCAAGGUCUUGACAUACCACGGGCUCAUGGAUCAGAUCAUCAGCUCGGAGGAUUCCAAAUUGUACUACUCGCGGGUGGCCGAGACGAUGAACCUGGCUCCGUCGGAGUUGGAUGAAUUCUAUCGCUUCUUUCAAAUUAGCGGGAUGGGCCACUGCGGGGGCGGUGAUGGCGCCUACGGCAUCGGGAACACGGCAGACACGUUCAACGGCGUCGCGCCGGAGAACAACGUGCUCAUGGCGAUGGUGCAGUGGGUGGAAAAGGGGAUUGCGCCGGAGUUUGUGCGGGGGGCCAAGUUUGUGGAUGGAGUGGGCAGUGAGGUGGAAUAUACCCGCAAGCACUGUCGCUGGCCUCGGCGGAACGUGUACAAGGGUCCCGGCAAUUACACGGACGAGAACGCAUGGCAGUGUGUCUAG